AGAGAGAGAGAUAAGUCUGGUGUGUUUCCUCCUCUGACCUGUUCUCACUUUACACUUUAUCAAUAAACACUGAGUUAUUAGAACAAUUUCAUCGAGUUGAUCGAUCUCCAGUACCUGCAGAGAGGAAGUGAAAGUGUUCAGACUCGUUCUAACUUCAAGGAGCAGACGGAGGAGACGUGAAGUCUGAAGCUGACUGAAGAUGAGUGGUCAUGUGAAAGAGGACAGAGCAGAGUCUCCAGGGUUCAGCUGUGUGUCUCUGAAGAGUGACUGGUCCAUGCAUCAGCCUCCACACUUCAGUAAUGAACCUGGACCAUCACACACAAAAGGUCAGGACCACAGACUGAGAGCAGAGUCUCCAGGGUCCAGCUGUCUGUCUCUGAAGAGUGACUGGUCCAUGGAACAUCCUCUGUUGUUCAGUGGUGAACCUGGACCCUCACACACAGAGGAGAGGAAGAGGAGUCAUGUUUCUGAGGAGGAGCAGUCGUCCUGCUGUGCUUCGUGUCAGGACGUCCUGAAGGAUCCAGUCUCCACCAGCUGUGGACACUGGUUCUGCAGACAGUGCAUCACCUCAUACUGGGACCAGUCUGGUUCUUCAGGAGACUCCUCCUGUCCCCAGUGUGGAAAAAGAUCCAGAACAGGAGCUGGAGGUCAGACAGCCGGUCAGAGCAGCACUGUACAUGUGUCUGCUGAUGUCUUCACUUCUGACAACAGCACAUGUGGUUUUAUUUUGUUCCUUCAUACAGCAUCAACAUUUAACAUCGUUAGAAAAGCUCGUGGUCUGCAGGAGGUUUUAGAUGAACAUAAGCUCAGUGUGAGGAGGAGAUGUGAACAUGUGACUGAAGGAAGUGAUGAAACAGGAAGUAGAAGCCUCCUCAACAGGAUCUACACUGAGCUCCACAUCACAGAGGGACAGAGUGAAGAGGUUAAUACUCAACAUGAGGUGAGGCAGCUUGAGACGGCUUCCAAGAAGAAGAUCCUCCAGGACACUCCCAUCAAGGUCCACGACAUCUUUAAAGCCUCCACUGACCAGCAGAGCAGCAUCAGAGUCGUCCUGACCAACGGAGUCGCUGGCGUUGGAAAAACCUUCUCGGUGCAGAAGUUCACUCUGGACUGGGCAGAGGGUUUAGAGAACCAGGAUGUGGGUCUGCUGGCUGUGCUUUCGUUCAGGGAGCUGAACCUGGUGAAGGACCAGCAGCACAGUCUUCUCACGCUGCUCCAUGUUUUCCAUCCAGAGUUACAGAAGCUCACGGCAGAGACGCUCGCUGUCUGUAAACCUUUGUUCAUCUUUGACGGCCUGGAUGAAAGCAGACCUUCUCUGGACUUCACCCACAGGGAGCUUGUGUCUGAGGUCACACAGAGGUCAUCAGUCAACGUGCUGCUGACAAACCUCAUCCGGGGGAAUCUGCUUCCCUCGGCUCUCGUCUGGAUAACCUCCAGACCUGCGGCGGCCAAUCAGAUCCCUCCUGCAUGUGUUGACAGGGUCACAGAAGUACGAGGCUUCACUGAGGCCCAGAAGGAGGAGUACUUCAGGAGGAGGUUCAGGGAUGAAGAGCUGUGCAGCAGAAUCAUCUCACACAUCAAGACGUCCAGGAGCCUCCACAUCAUGUGUCAAAUCCCAGUCUUCUGCUGGAUCAGUGCUACAGUUCUGGAGCACAUGUUGACCACAGACCAGAGAGGAGAGCUGCCCAAGACCCUGACUGACCUGUACUCACACUUCCUGCUGGUUCAGACAAAGAGGAAGAACAACAAGUACGGUGAGGGACAUGAGACGACUCCACAGCAGCUGAUGGAGGCUGACAGGGACGUUCUCCUGAAGCUGGGGAGGCUGGCACUUAAACAUCUGGAGGAAGGAAACAUCAUGUUCUACCAAGAAGACCUGGAGCGGUGUGGUCUUAAUGUCACAGAGGCCUCGGUGUACUCAGGAGUUUGUACUGAGAUCUUCAGAAGAGAGUGUGUGAUCUUCCAGAAAUCAGUCUACUGCUUUGUUCAUCUGAGCGUUCAGGAGUUUCUGGCUGCAGUCUACAUGUUCCACUGUUACACCAAGAGGAACACAGAAGAACUCAACAACUUCUUGGGAACAGAUGGGGACACAGACAGUACCUUCUCCCUGGAUGACCUCCUGAAGAGAACCAUGGAGAAAUCCCUCACCAGUACAAAUGGUCAUCUAGACCUGUUUGUUCGCUUCCUUCACGGCCUCAGUCUGGAGUCCAACCAGAGAGUCUUAGGAGGCCUGCUGGGUCGGACAGGGAACAAUCCAAAGACCAUCAAGAGAAUCAUCAACAACCUGAAGGAGAUGAAGAGUGAUGACGUUUCUCCUGACAGAAGCAUCAACAUCUUCCUCUGUCUGACUGAGAUGAACGACCACUCAGUUCAUCAGCAGAUGAAACAGUUCCUGACGUCAGAGAACAGAUCAGAGGAGAAACUCUCUGAGAUCCACUGCUCAGCUCUGGCCUACAUGCUGCAGAUGUCAGAGGAGGUUCUGGAUGAGUUGGACCUGAAGAAGUUCAACACAUCAUUCCAGGGUCGACGGAGACUGAUCCCAGCUGUGAGGAACUGCAGGAAGGCUCGACUCCAUGGUUGUGAACUCUCAGAGACCCACUGUGAAGUCGUGGCCUCAGCUCUGAAGUCAGACCCCUCACAUCUGAGAGAACUGGAGCUGAGCUACAACGAGCUGCAGGAUUCAGGAGUGAAGCUGCUGUGUUCUGGACUGGAGAGUCCAAACUGUCGACUGGAGGCUCUGAGGUUGGUGUACUGCAGACUGUCAGAGAUCAACUGUUCUUCUCUGGCUUCAGCUCUGAGGUCAAACCCCUCUCAUCUGAGAAAACUGGUUCUGAUUGACAACGAUCUGCAGGACUCAGGAGUGAAGGAGCUGUGUGGUUUUCUACAGAGUCCAACCUGUCGACUGGAGUCUCUGGGGUUGAAGGACUGCAGACUGUCAGAGAUCAGCUGUUCUUCUCUGGCUUCAGCUCUGAUGUCAAACCCCUCUCAUCUGACACACCUGGGUCUGAGUGACAACGACCUCCAGGACUCAGGAGUGAAGGAGCUGUGUGGUUUUCUACAGAGUCCAACCUGCCAACUGAAGACUCUGUUGUUGUGGAACUGCAGUCUGUCAGAGAUCAGCUGUUCUUCUCUGGCUUCAGCUCUGAGGUCAAACCCCUCUCAUCUGAGAGAACUGAAUCUGAGAGGAAACGACCUGCAGGACUCAGCAGUGAAGGAGCUGUGUGGUUUUCUACAAAGUUCAAUCUGUCAACUGGAGACUCUGAGCAUUUAUACUUUAAUUGAUCUCAUUUGA